CUUAUAUUAACAUUUUGUUAUUUUGAUAUUUUAAUAUUUUACAAAAUACCAUAAUAGUCAAAAUGGCUCCAAAAAAUGAUAAUGUUACUUUAGGUCCACAAGCCAGAGACGGCUCCCAAGUUUUUGGUGUUGCUCGUAUUUUCGCUUCAUUCAACGAUACUUUUGUUCAUGUAACUGAUUUAUCAGGUAGAGAAACCAUUGCUCGUGUCACUGGUGGUAUGAAAGUUAAGGCUGACAGAGAUGAAUCUACUCCAUAUGCUGCCAUGUUGGCUGCCCAAGAUGUUGCUGCCAAAUGUAAAGAAGUUGGUAUCACUGCUGUUCACAUUAAAUUAAGAGGUACCGGUGGUACUAGAUCCAAGACUCCAGGCCCAGGUGGAUCAGCUGCUUUAAGAGCAUUAGCUAGAUCAGGUUUAAGAAUUGGUAGAAUUGAAGAUGUUACCCCAAUUCCAUCAGAUUCUACUAGAAAGAAGGGUGGUAGACGUGGUAGAAGAAGAUAAUCUACUCGUUUAUUUUCUUUUGUUCCACUAUCGUAUAUUAAAUUUAUUUGUUUAUUAGGAAAAUUAUAUUGUUUAAUAUAAAUUCAUUAAUGUCAUAAAUUUUUAUCCAUAAGAGUAAUACAUUAAGAAAAGCGAUAAGUAAUAAAUAAUAAAUAAUAAAAUUAAGAAGGAUAACGGAUAA